AUGGCACAACCGAAUACAGUGACCAUCUGCCAUUUGAGCUGCAAUGGUAUUCUCGCUGGCAUGAAGACAAUUACAACACUUCUAGCCAUCCUACAGCGUCAUAAUUUCAAAAUCAAACCAGUCAACAUCCACCCAGGCUGUAUCCUUUAUGUCUGUGUUCAUCGAGGAUCAGGCGUCGAUCCUACUCCACUUCAACAAGAAAUGAUGCUUCAUAUUCCGGCGGGAAAAAAUAAAUCGAUUCAAGAUAUUCAAUGGACAUUUGCUUAG